AUGCCGUCUGCAUCUGAAGACUCCGCGGCUGGCCAUCAAAACCCGCAAGCGUCGCCUGUCCGAACAUGUAACAGCGGGAACAGCCAACACGAAAAUACGCCCACAAAUGGCCCUGGUCGCGUGCAGCACCUUGAAGUACCGAGUCCUACCUUAACAUCGCAUCGAAAAUCAUCAAGAGCAAAGCAUGUUCGGCCGCGACAAUCGCUCACUCCGCAACAAUACAUCCAAUCAAUUAGCGCUCAUUCAUCUCGCCUUUUGACCACCUCAUCAUUCCCAGGCAAUAACUACGUUGAUCUUGCCAACUGGCUUUCCCAGGAAGCAUACACCCCUACAAAUUUACACCACGACUCUACGCACAUCUUAGUCGUACUUCACGAGUUAUCUAGUAAUGCCAGUGAUCCUCAGUGUUUUACUGAAAACGAUCUGGAAGCUUUCAGACUGGUACAACCACCUGCUCAGGGAAGAAGCCAGCUACUCUUUGUCCGAGGAUUUCUGUCACCUGAAUGGUUAUCUACUAUUGGAAGCAAGUAUAUGCUUGAUCCCGAGUUCAUUCUGCGGCAUCUCGACUUUUUCGCUGGCUCCGUUCAACGACAUGGCUAUGGUCUUCCGUCUCUCGCCAGUACGAACAGCAAUAUCAUGAGGCUUUGUACGAGCACGAUCGUCCACAGAGAUGAGCGCUUCCGUGUAAACCAUCCAGACAAGCUGAUCAGAUGCCGACGAGAGCAACGAGAGGAGAUGUCGGGGUAUAAGAGGCAAUUAAGGAACCAAGCAAAGUGCGGAGAUUCGCUGGUUCGAGAAUUUUCAACUAUUGACGAUAAACAUUCUCUGGUCGAGCAGUGGAUGAGUCUAUGUGUUGCUAAGAGUGCUGAAGGCUGGUUAGGUGAGUGA